UUCAACAACUACACCUUCCCUUACAACACAGACGACAAGUUCCAGACAAGAAAAAAAAAGUGGAUAAGAUAAAACCUUAACCACAUCAACUGGUGCUUUACGAAAUUACGAUGUCUCUCACCACGGCAGCUCUCACGCUGCCGCGAAUAUCACCAGUCAUAUGUUCGGCGGCACAUAAUCGGCAGACAGCUACCGUGAAAACAACUGACCAAAAGCCACCACAAAACUUAGGUUUCCGCGGCGGCAAGAAAAAGGAAUCGCCAUGGCAUUGUGUAGAAGGCUGUGGAGCUUGCUGUAAGCUUCAAAAAGGUCCUUCUUAUCCAUCUCCCGAAGAGAUUUUCACCAAUACUUCAGAUGUUGAGCUCUACAAUAGUUUAAUAGGACCCGAUGGAUGGUGUAUUCAUUAUGAAAAGAGUACUCGAAAAUGUUCCAUUUACUCUGAUCGUCCAUAUUUCUGUCGUGCGGAGCCUGAGGUGUUUAAAUCGUUAUUCGGAGUUAAAGAGAAGAAUUUCAACAAAGAGGCUUGCAGUUCCUGCAGAGACUCAAUUAAGGCCGUUUAUGGUUCCAAUUCAAAGGAGCUUCUUAGUUUUGACAAAUCAAUCAAGAGUUCUUCUAGUUAGAGUUUGGAUUCUCAAUUGCUCAAGAUACCAAUAUCUUGAUGGAAUGUGGGACUGGUUUACAUGUAGUACUUAAUGGAACGGAUUAUCCACACAAUGUAUGUGUUAAAGCCUUGCGAGCACCGUAUAAAUUCUCUACUGUUAUUGAAGCACAACUAUGUUGCCCGUGGUGUUAUUUGAUCAAGAAACAACAACUUCCAUUCUAGAAUUGUAUAUGACGGUUCUUCCUUUUAGCUAUCGCGAUUGUGGUGUGGUGUGGCGUGCCUGGCUUUUUUCUUCUCUAUCACAAUACAAAAUUUUGAUCACUUGGAAAUAUAAGCUUAGAUGAAAAAUUGUUCAUAAAAUAUAAAUGUGACUUGAUUUGAAUGGGCUAGUUUUCAUUAUUCUAUUGUGUAUAGAAUAAGCUCUGCCCUAUGUUUGAUAGAUCGUGAAUGAUAUGUUUCUUCAAAUAGUUAAGAUAGAUUCAGAGUACAUAAAUUGUUAUGAUUCAAAAUCUCAUUAC